AUGGUGGCGUGGAAUUCAACAGAGGCGGAAUUCGACGAAGAAAGGGGGGAAAUCGUGUUGAUAAGUCGCCAUCGCCUGCAAGAUGAUGCACUUAAAUUGAACGCAGGAGCAAAAUUAGCCAAAUGUGUCGGAGCUGUCUCGAUCUUAUUUGUCAAGUCAGAUUUUAAUACAGACUCAGUCAAACCUGGAGAGAAAAAUAAUGAUAAUGAGAAAGUAACAGUAUCACUUCCUGCCUCCCUCAGUGUUGUACCAGUUCCAUGUCCAAGCUUUAUCCCCUCACCAGAACUUGAUAAACAUCUACCCGAGUUUCCUGUCACAUCUAGUAAACCAAUCAAGGUGCUCUCCAAGAAGCCAUCUAGUUUUAAUCAAACUGCAAUUUCUGGCUGGGUUCAACAGGAAGGUGAAGAGGAUUUAGAGGAAGACAAUGGCAGGGAGGAACCAUGGGCCAGUGAGGAGUUAUCUCCAAUGCCAGCAAAUUCAGGGAGAAAUGAAAGCAGUCAAAGGAGACCACCUCAGUCAUACCAAGCAAAGAAAAGUCAAAAGAAACCCUCCUCGUUUACCUCAGUGGAAGCACAAGGUCUUGUUAGUGGAUUGAAACAAAAACUUGAUACCAUUAAUCUACCACAACCAAAUGUAGGUACAGACAAAGGAAUUGAAGUACGAGGAACUUUUAAAGGAAAAAAUACUUUAUUAAAUAAAAAAAGUACGGGUCCAAACAAGUGUAAAUACUGUCGUAAAGUAAUAAAUUCCUGGGAGUCAAUUGUAGAGCAUGCACUGGAGGAUCAUGGCAUGAUCUCGGAGGACUCGGAUGAGGUGGCCUGCCCUAUAUGUAAGGGCCUUUUCAGUAAGAGGGACAUGUCUGCCUUCAUACAACAUGUGCAGCUACAUGACAAGAAUUGGCAAAAUAUGUGCAAAGACAAUCCAGCUAUGUUUAUACAGAAUUCAGAUGAGCUGAGUUUUACACCUGAUCAGGAUUCCGACUUGGAGGAAAAUGAAGGAGAGAUGUACAUUGAUGAUUUUGAGGACGGUCAGUCUGAACCUGACCUGCAGGGUUCCACAAAAAGGAAGAAAGGUGGGAACAGGUCAUUUCCACGUCUGAAUGCACGUCUCACAUCUGAGGUACUGAAGUGUACUGAAUGUGGUGACCAAGUCAGCAGUUACAGCAAUAUUCUCCACCAUUGUAAACUACAUGAAAUGUUCAAACAGUGUCCAGUAUGUAGUAAACAGUUCACACUGAGGGGAGGUCUUCUUCGUCACUUCAUCACUCAUGUGGACAAUAGAGUGUUCACCUGUCCAUCUUGUGAUGCAUACUUUACCCGUAAAGAUAAUUUGAAGAGACACAUAGAAAAGAAGUGUAGUGGUAUUCCAGGGAGUGGCCUCCUGGCUGGUAUUGGGGUCAUGGAAAGGCCCCCACAGCAAGCACCAGGUACUGGACAAGGUAAACGUUUCAAACCUAAUCCAAAGGAAAAACUUGUCCUGAAGUUUGGUAAGAACUGGCCACACAGACCAUUGGAUAGCACAGCACCAGAUAUGUAUGAAUCACCAUCAGACUAUGGUACACCAGAUUCCAGUAAUGAGAAUACAUCUGAACAAGAUUUCAGAGAGACAGACACAGAGAUAAAAACUGAACCACAGACUGAUGAUGACCAGCAGGCAUAUACUAUUGGUAUGGAAGAAAACACGGGACAUGAACGAUCAGACACUGACCAAAACCAAUUCCAUUUUUCUCCAAUACCUGGUCCUAGUAAUGAAAGCAAUCCAAGACCAGCUCUCAGCUACAAAUGUGCUACUUGUGAUGUUCACUUUAACAGCAUUCAGGAACUUAAGAGGCAUGUUGUUGUCGAACACUCUGAGGAAACGCCAUCUUCAAGCAAUCUGCAAGGAUAUGAAGGAACAGAAGAACAGGACAUUAAACCUACAUUAACAUUCCCUGGUAGUAACCAUUAUACUUCUGACCUUGACUACACAUUCUCUCAAGAUCGCCAAACUCACCCCAGCAUCACUCACAAGAGCAUUCAAGAAGAACUGCAGGCUAUGGAUGUGAUUGACAUUGAGUCACUCGGCAAAUUCACUGACAUGGAUGAGGAUAGUGCUCAAAGUCAAAAUCAAAGAAGACAAAAUGUGACAGGGUUUCCUAAUAAUCUGAUAGGAGAUAACAGUGCUCAUCCUGCAGGAUCCUCAGAGUUAGGAGUAGUGGGAGGGCUAGAAGACAUGGGAGAUAAUUCCUCUGACUCUAAUCUACUAGGAGUCGACAGUCCUGAUCAGUCGACCAGCAUGGACUCAUUCUCAGAACGGAAUCCAGAUUUCUUAAGAAAUGUGGGAGUUCCUAAAGGAAGGAAAGGAGCCGUGAAUAAGACUGCCCCUAUUUGUCAUUUCUGUGGCUUGGUUUUUGAACGCCCAGUUGACAUUCUCCAUCAUGGAGAAGUCCAUGAACUAGAACUUCCCAAUCAGUGUACAUGCACGGUCUGUCUAAAGGAACUUAGUGGAAAGGACAGUCUUCUGCGCCAUGCCAACUCACAUAUAGGCCGGUGGUAUCCGUGUGAUAUAUGUUCUGCUAGUUUUAGUCGCAAGGACAACUUAAAGCGACACAGAAGGAAGCAUGAUGAACCAGGAGGCAUGGAAAUGUUGAUGAACCUGAUGCCAUCUGGUCUGGAGCUGAUAAGUGACCAGGAUAGUGUAACCCAGUUUCAGGAUGCACAGUAA